AACUGCCAUGGUAACUGCGCAUACAUAAGCUGUUAGAUCUACGAUCUGCGCGGCUGUGGCGGCCAUGUUUUACGUGUGCAACUAACCAAUGUGUUAACUGUCCAACACACAGCAUGACCUGAUAUGCGAAACGAAAUAAUGUGGAAUUAUUGACAAUAUUUAAUUACAAAAGUGUUAUUUUAAAAGCCGAAUACACUUGGAGACUAAUCAUUUCGCCACUGACAAAGCCAUGUUUCGGCAAACGAAGGGAGUGCUCCAGAAACUUAGAUAUCUGAGUUUCAAUGGACAGCAGCACACAUGGAGGCUGAAGAGCACCAAAGCACAAGAGAGGGCCUGUCAGUACCAAGCAGGACAGAAAAUCCACGGCUUUACAGUCAGAGAAGUUGUGGUGGUCCCGGACUUGUUUCUCACAGCAGUGAAGUUGACUCAUGAUAAAACUGGGGCUCAGUACCUGCAUGCGGCCAGAGAUGACGCCAAUAACCUCUUCAGUGUCCAGCUCAGAACGACCCCCAUGGACAGCACCGGGGUCCCUCACAUCCUGGAGCACACGGUGCUGUGUGGAUCUGAGAAGUAUCCGUGCAGAGACCCUUUCUUCAAGAUGCUCACACGCUCCCUGUCCACCUUCAUGAACGCCUUCACAGCCAGUGACUACACCAUGUAUCCGUUCUCAACACAAAAUGGGAAAGACUUCCAGAAUCUUCUUUCGGUGUAUCUGGAUGCAGUUUUCUUCCCUUGUUUACGAGAGCAGGAUUUCUGGCAGGAGGGCUGGAGGCUGGAGCAUGAAGACCCCAAAGAUCGCAGCACCCCUCUGGUGUUUAAAGGAGUCGUGUUCAAUGAGAUGAAGGGCGCUUUUUCAGAGAACGAGCGUGUGUACGCGCAGCACCUCCAGAACAAGCUGUUCCCGGACCACACGUACUCUGUGGUGUCGGGAGGAGAGCCGCUCGACAUCCCCGACCUCACCUGGGAGCAACUCAAACAGUUCCACGCCACACACUACCACCCCAGCAACGCCAGGUUCUUCUCAUAUGGAGAUCUGCCUCUGGAGCAGCAUCUGAAGCAGAUCGAAGAGGAAGCUCUGUCCAGGUUUGAGCGCAUCAACCCGAACACAGAGGUCCCGUCACAGCCACACUGGAGCAGCCCUAGAGAAGACCAUGUGACCUGCGGCCCUGAUGCCAUGGCUCCAGACCCAAAGAGGCAGGACACGCUGUGUGUGAGCUUCCUGCUGGGAGACAUCACGGACACGUUUGAAGGGUUCACGCUCAGCCUGCUGUCCUCUCUCAUGAUGUCUGGACCAAACUCUCCGUUCUACAAAGCUCUCAUCGAACCCAACAUCGGGACCGACUUCUCCUCCGUCGCAGGAUAUGAUGGCAGCACCAAAGAGGCGUCGUUCAGCAUCGGUCUGCAGGGGAUGGCUGAGGAAGACACGGAGAGGGUGAAGCAGAUCAUCAGUGAAACCAUCGAUGACAUUAUAGAGAAAGGCUUUGAGGAGGAAAGGAUCGAGGCUCUGCUCCAUAAGAUCGAGAUCCAGAUGAAACACCAGUCCACAAACUUCGGCCUCUCUCUGGCCUCGUACAUAGCGUCGUCGUGGAACCAUGACGGUAACCCGGUGGAGCUGCUACAGAUCAGCGACAGCGUCACACAGUUCAGAAAGGCUCUAAAGGAAAACCCUCGCUUCCUGCAGGACAAAGUCAAACACUACUUCAAG